GUCGCGAUCCGCUUCUGCUCAGUCCCGAAUUAUAGCCUUUGCGCUGUGUGCGGGGCCAUGGAGCAGCCUGGGUUCAUGACUUCGCUGGUGCUGCUGCUUUUUUUAUCACCUAUGAAUAUGUAAAAUGGUUUUUACACACGGAUUCAUCUUCAUAUUUGAUGCCCGUGAAGCAUAUGUUGGCUGCCUCUGCUGGAGAAGUGGUUGCCUGUCUGAUUCGCGUUCCUUCUGAAGUGGUCAAGCAGAGGACACAGGUGUCUGCUUCUUCGAGAACAUUUCAGAUUUUCUCUAACAUCUUAUAUCAAGAGGGCAUCCACGGACUGUAUCGAGGCUACACCAGCACGGUUUUAAGAGAGAUUCCUUUCUCAUUGGUCCAGUUUCCCUUGUGGGAGUCCUUAAAAGCGCUCUGGUGCUGGAGGCAGGACCACGUGGUAGAUUGUUGGCAGUCAGCGGUCUGUGGAGCUUUUGCAGGUGGAUUUGCAGCUGUGGUCACCACACCUCUGGAUGUGGCAAAAACAAGAAUCAUGUUGGCAAAGGCCGGUUCCAGCACCGCUAGCGGGAAUGUGCUCUCCGCGCUGCACGGGGUCUGGCGGACACACGGGCUGCCAGGAUUAUUUGCAGGUGUCUUCCCUAGAACAGCAGCCAUCAGUCUGGGAGGCUUCAUCUUUCUUGGUGCUUACGACCAAACCCGCAGUUUGCUGGUGGGACUUGGCAGAGGGGGCCCCUGAAUCAGGGAUGGCCCCAAAUGCGCUCCUCUCUGGAAAAGGGGCUGCUGUGCCCAUGGGCUCCCUUCCAGCGAGCAGCUGCCCAGUCGUCCGAAACCACCCGCACUGUGCCCUUGUGAAGAGGAGGACCGCGAGGACGUCUUGCCCGCUCCCGGCCGCCUGGCUGCCAGAUCGUGGGGAGAGGACCCUGUCCACAGCGGUACUUUGAACCCUUUUCUCAGAACCCCUUAAUAAAAAAGUUUGGUAGGGCCGAGCCCAGGCUGCUCAGAGCCGUCAUUUGAUCUGUA